AUGCAUUUCUCAAAGAUUAUCGCUGCUGCUUUCCUCGCCGCCCCUCUUAUUGGAUCCCGCCCUACCGGUGGUGCUCAACCAUCUAGUAGUGCUAGUGGAUUCGGCAGUGCUUUCCCAUCUGCCAGUUUCGCCAUGUCUUCCGGCGGAGCCGGAGGACGUGGAGGACACCAUAGUGGCGGUGCCCAACCAACUGGUUCAUCAAACUUCGGAAACGGCAGGGCGAAACAGUCCGGUGUUGCUCAAGUUUCCGGCAAGAGUGGUAGCAAAGGCGGAAAGGGUGGAAAGGAAGGUGCUUCUGGAAGUGGCUUCGGUGGUGCAUCAAUGACCGUUUCCUCUGGAGCUAAGCCCACUGGACGUGCUAAGCCUUCCGGUCAUCAAAGACGUCAAAAAAACAGUGCUGUAUUUGCACCAGGUGGAGAGAUGCAACAACCAACUGGCUCUGCCGGUCGCUCCAGGCCUACUGGAGCUCGCCCAUUCGGAGCUGCUCCAUCAGGAUUCGGAGAUGCUGCCGCUCCUCAACCUACGUCUUAA